AGGAUUUUUUAAAAUCGUAACAUUGUAAAAUGAUCUAUUUCUUUUGGUUUAUUUUUGCUGCUGUUAUCGUUGAUUCUUCCUAUGCUGAUUGGCAUCUAGUCUGGCAAGAUGAAUUCGAUGGUGAGGAAUUGAAUUUAAAUUAUUGGAACUAUCAACUCGGUGGUAUUAAUUUUGGUAGUCAUGAAAUAGAGUACUAUACGAAUCGAACAAAAAACAUUCGUAUCGAAAAUGGCCAUUUGGUGAUUGAUGUUCAGAUUGAAAAAUAUGAUUCAUAUAAUUUCACAUCCGGUCGAAUUCAUGGUAAACAAGCUUGGACAUACGGACGAUUUGAAGCUCGAGCUUGUUUGCCUAGUGGACAUCAACUUUGGCCCGCAAUUUGGAUGAUGCCUCAUCACAGUAAAUAUGGUGGCUGGGCGGCAAGUGGUGAGAUUGAUAUUAUGGAAAAUAAAGGCGAUCAUCCUGCCAUUUUUGAAUCGACUAUUCAUUAUGGUGGUAAAAGACCUUAUAAUACACAUACGGCAAGUGGACCUCGUAAUUUUCACAAUGAUCUUAGCAAAGACUUUCAUUUAUAUGCUAUUGAAUGGGAUCCGAAAGAAAUCCGUUUCUUUUUGGAUAAUAAUCACUUUUUCACUGCUAACAUCGAUCGAAUGAUGUGGUCGGGCAAAGGUCCAAAUCCUUAUACCCGAAAAGGUCAACCAUUUGAUCAACCGUUUCAUUGGAUUUUGAAUGUUGCAAUCGGUGGUACAUAUUUUGGCCCUGGACCUUAUGUCACACCAGAACAAGCAAAAUAUUGGCCAAAGUCUACGAUGGAAAUUGAUUAUCUACUUGUUUAUCAAUGAUAACAAUAAUAAUUUUAAAAAAUUGAAAAUUUAUGAUAUUGAUUACUUUAACUUUUACUUCUAUUUGACUAAAAACUAAUCUGAAAGAAUGUUAUUAUUGUUUUUAAUUAAUAAUAAACACUUGAAAAUCA